AUGAAAAGUCCCAAACGUCGAAUCUCCGGGCCAGCCCUAGUCACGAGGGCAUCAAAACGAUUAGCGGCAGUACGGAAAAUCCCUGAGGUGAAGACUGAGGAAAUACUAGCCCAGGUCAAGGUAGAGGCGGCUCUUGAUGAUUCACAGAUCAAAGAGGAGGAAUUGAAAGUCCCCGACAUAGAAGAGCCACCACGCUGGCGCGAAAUGGUCGAAAAAAUCAAGGAAAUGCGAGCAGUCACACCAGCUCCGGUUGAUACAAUGGGGUGCGAACGGAUUCCAGAUAGUGCAGGUGAGUUGACACCAAAGAAUCGCAGAUUCGAACUGCUGGUAACUUUAAUGCUGAGUGCACAAACAAAAGACGAGGUAAAUUUCGCUACAAUGGUAAAAUUAAGACAGUAUCUCAAGCCUGUUGGGGGAUUGACCCUCGAAGGGAUUCGCAAAACGCCCGUUGAUCGCCUUGACGAGCUCAUUUACUCGGUAGGCUUCCACAGCAAGAAGGCAAAAUACAUUAAGGAUACCUGCGAGAUUCUAGUUACAGAGUUUGAUGGUGACAUACCACAGUCGACAGAAGACAUGAUUCGACUGCCCGGGGUGGGCCCCAAAAUGGCGUUCCUUCUUCGUUCUGCAGCUUGGAACAUUACUGACGGUAUUGGCGUUGAUGUGCACGUCCAUAGGCUGGCUAAUAUGUGGAAGUGGGUUCCCAAAACCUCGCAUCCCACUCCAGAGAAAACCAGAGUGGCACUUGAAAAGUGGCUUCCACGCGAGUACUGGAGAGAAAUAAACCCCCUGCUUGUUGGGUUUGGCCAGACUAUAUGUCCGUCAAUUAGCCCAAAAUGUACCCACUGUACGCUUUCAAAAGGCCUUUGCAAUGCAGCUUUCCGAAAGGGUGCACGGUGA